UUAAUAGACUUUUAAUAAUACAUUUCAAUACAUAUAUAACAAAAACAUUUGGUUUUUUAAAAGUCAAGUCAAACACACCAUUGAAGUCAAUAUUGACUGAAGAAGUUUGGGAUCAAUUGAUUUGAUUAACAAAUAAAGUGAUUAAUUAAUUAGUUAACCAAUCAAUCAAUCAGUUAAAAGACAAACCAAAGACAAUGGCUUCGAGUGACAGUCGACAGUCUGACGAUGACAUCAACAGCCGUCCACCAGUUUUGUCGCCGCCAUCGCCGGGAUUACCGUUCGAAGCGGACAACGACGAAAUACCCGACGAUAAUAUGCUAAUGAUGACCGACGACGACGAAUCGGUGGCCAGUCCGCCGGCUAGCGAUGCUGACCAGGAAAAUCGUCGCCCGAUUGUUCGCGACGGACGACUCGGUGCUGGCGGCGGUGGUCGUAGAGGCGGUGGCAGCCGUGGAAGGGAUGUUCUCGUAUCGGACGACGAAAGCGGCGAAGAACUGUUUGGCGAUAACUUUGAGAUGGAUUAUAGGCCGCGACCCGAACUGGAUGUCUACGAACAGGAUAUGCUCGACGACGACGCGGGCGUAUCGGAGCUAUCGCUGGGCGAACGUAUUACAGCCGAAGCCGAAAUGAGAGCCAGAGAUAGAGCCGCCGGUCGGCUGACUGGUCGUAUGCGCCGCGGACUGGAUGUAUACGACGAAUCGGAGGACGGCGACGGUUCGGAUCGUCCGCACGUUCGUCGGCGACAACAGCGGGCUCAGCAACGACGGGCCGAACUGUUCGGCGAAGGAGAAGCCGAAGAAAUGAUCGAAAGUAUUGAGAAUCUGGAGGACACACGGGGUAUGACUGUCAGGGAAUGGGUAGUACAGAUGGCACCGAAACGGGAGAUUUAUAACCGAUUCAAGAACUUUUUGAGGACGUGUACGGAUGAAAAAGGUAGGAAUGUCUUCAGGGAUAAGAUCCGGUCGAUGAGUGAAGAAAAUAAACAAAGUUUCGAAGUGGACUAUCAUUUGUUGGCCGCUUCGGAACAAGUGUUGGCCUAUUUCCUGCCGGACGCACCCAUCGAAAUGCUAGAAAUAUUCAACGAAGCGGCCAAAGAUGUUGUACUAUCGAUGUUUCCGAUGUACGAACGUAUAGCCAAAGAAAUAUUCAUCCGUAUCACUGAUUUACCAUUGAUUGAAGACAUCCGAUCCCUACGACAACUACAUCUGAAUCAAUUGAUUCGUACACACGGCGUGAUUACAUCGACCACUACUGUACUGCCGCAGCUAUCGCUUGUCAAAUACGAUUGCAUUAAAUGUAAAUACAUUUUGGGACCGUUUAUCCAAAAUCAAACCGAAGAAGUCCGUCCCGGUUCGUGUCCUGAAUGUCAAUCUUCGGGUCCGUUUUCGAUUAAUAUGGAAGAAACUAUUUACCAAAACUAUCAGCGAAUAACUAUUCAGGAAAGUCCGGGUAAAAUAAGUGCCGGUCGUAUACCGCGAUCGAAAGAUGCCAUACUAUUGGGUGAUCUGUGCGAUACCUGUAGACCGGGCGAUGAGAUUGAACUUACGGGAGUGUAUACCAACUCAUAUGACGGUUCGCUGAAUAUAGCACACGGUUUCCCAGUAUUUUCCACCGUUAUUAUGGCCAAUCAUAUACUGAAAAAAGAUAACUGGUCAGCAAUCGGUUCAAUACUAACGGACGAUGAUAUUAGUCGUAUACUUGAACUAUCCAAAGAUCAUCGGAUAGCCGAUCGGAUAUUUGCAUCGAUGGCACCGUCCAUUUAUGGCCACAAAAAUGUUAAGCGCGCUAUUGCCCUGUCGUUGUUUGGCGGCGAAAGUAAAAACCCGGGUAACAAACAUCGCCUGAGAGGUGACAUCAAUGUCCUGCUGUGCGGUGAUCCGGGAACUGCUAAAUCACAGUUUCUGAAAUAUAUAACCAAAGUUGCAUCGCGUGCCGUGUUUACCACCGGCCAGGGAGCCAGCGCUGUCGGUUUGACGGCUUAUGUCCAGAAAAGUCCCGUAACACGCGAAUGGACUCUUGAAGCCGGUGCUCUUGUUCUGGCCGAUCGCGGUAUUUGCCUGAUUGACGAGUUCGACAAAAUGUCCGAUAAGGACAGGACAUCCAUUCACGAAGCUAUGGAACAACAGAGUAUAUCCAUAUCCAAAGCGGGUAUUGUGGCCUCAUUGCAGGCCCGAUGCGCUGUCAUUGCAGCGGCCAAUCCCAUUGGUGGCCGCUACGACAUUGGACUGACAUUUUCGCAGAAUGUCGACCUAACCGAACCCAUUAUAUCACGUUUCGAUAUCAUAUGUGUGGUCAGGGAUCAAGUAGAUCCCUAUGCUGACGAACAAUUGGCCAAAUUUGUUGUCCGAUCGCAUAUCAAACAUCACCCGAACGCUACCGACGACGAUAUUGCUCAGGUCAGAGAUGCCGAUACUAUGGAUGUAAUUGAAAAAGAAAAUACCAACGAGUCGUCGGGUUUGAUGGACGAAAUAGACAUCGAACCCAUACCGCAGGAUCUGCUACGGAAGUAUCUGGUCUACGCUCGCGAGCGGGUACGGCCAAAGUUGGCCAAAUUUGACCAGGAUAAAGUAUCGAAGUUGUAUUCGGAACUACGACGCGAAUCACUGUUGACCGGUUCGAUACCGAUAACUGUCCGACACAUCGAAAGUAUCAUUCGGUGCGCCGAAGCACACGCUCGGAUGCAUUUGCGCGAUACGGUCGGCGACCAAGAUGUCAGUGUAUCCAUUCAGACGGUUCUCGAGAGUUUCAUUGAUACACAAAAGUAUAGUGUUAUGAAAUCCAUGCGAAAGACAUUCGGCCGAUACUUUCAGCGAUCAAAUACCGAACUAUUGUUUACAAUAUUACGUCAGAUGGUUCACGAAGAGCUAACACUCCUGAGGAGCCGAUCGACUGCCGGUGCCGUUGUCGAGAAGGUCGAGAUCAAUGAGAAAGAUUUUGCCCAAAAGGCCCGACAGCUAGAGAUUCAACAUUUGCGUGCCUUUUACGACAGCCGAGCCUUUGCACUGCAGAACUAUCUGUACGAUUCAGUUAACAAAAAAAUUAUACAAAAAUUUUAA